AUGUUGAAAGUUUCUGUGGAAAAGCAAGAAUUGGAGUAUUUGAAACAAUUCGAUCAUCUAUUUUGGCUUCCUGAUAUCAUUCCUAAUAAAUACGUCUUCGGUACAUAUGAUGAUUCAGAAAAUGCGGUAUCAUUUAGUAAUAUUAUUAUCUAUCGAAUGAUAACUUCGUCAAAUGAAGAUUACAUAAAAUUUAUGUGGGAUAAAGAUCUGCGAGCUAUUUAUGGUCUAUGCGCAGUUAAGAAGCAUAUAUUUGAACGAGAGAUGUGGAUGCCGACAAACAGAGAAGAAUUCCUUCAGAAGUGGAGCAACGGAAGAUUUCUCGAUUGCAUCAGGCUGAAUAUUUCGAAUAGCUGGGAUGAAUCCAUGAUUCCUGAUAGUUAUGUCAAUAAUAUGGCUAAAUUUCGAGAUUUUCUCGAAUCCUAUACAGCGACACCGUUUCUUUUUGGCGGCACUCUUCUUGGUUGGUAUAGGGAAUGUUCAUUUAUCAAAGAUACUACGGAUAUUGAUAUGGCAAUGAAAAUUACUUCCCUGGAUCUAAGGAUGUUAAAAAGUAUAGAGAAGUCGAAUGAUUUCAAACUCUUUUGGAUCCUCGGAAAAGUUAACGAUUCAUUAGAAGUGAGCGUUUAUUCGGCGAACAUCAAAAUUGAUUUAUUUUUCCUAUAUGAAACCGAGAAUUUUACCUGGGUCGGUGGAAUGUUGGUCAGCGAAAAGAAGAAACUUCGCUGGAUUUAUCCACUGAUUUCACAGAUUUGUACAGGAGAUUUGCUGGGAAGAUUAUUUCAUGUGCCUUGCAAUGUUGAGGAAAUACUGAAGGCGGACUACGGUAACUGGAGAGUACCGCACCCAACAGCAAAUUUCAUUUGGUACAAAUCUCAUAAAAAUAUCCAUGAAGCCGGAUAUUGGAGUGCGAGUGAAUGGAAUGAUACUUACAAGGUAUUCUGA